AAAGAAAUACGUAUCCCCGAAUCGAACUCGAACAGUCUAGGGCAUUGGACUCCCACGCCCCAGAAGCCGCUCGAACGAAUCCCCUCCAAGAAUCCCAAGAGAUCCGUUCAUCAGGCCAGCCACUGAUCCCCUCUUCGAUCAGCGAGCACCAAAUCCGCCUCUUUUUGGAGGGGAGGCGCUGCUAGAUCCUCUGCUCCCGAUCCACAAAUUCCAGCGGAGCAUUCCUGAUCUUCGUCAACCUCGGGCCACAGUCUCGGUGAAGAAGCUAGGUCCGGCAGGCACCAUGGGGAAGCCUCUGAUCUACGAGAUACUGGAGAAGCCGGCGAGCAGCGGCGUGAUAGCCCUCUGCUCCCUCAUCUGGUUCCUCAUCCAGAAGAGGGGCAUCGGGUACGCGGACGUGGGGCUGAGCUACGAGGCGGCCGUGGAGGGCGGGCAGCACUGGCGGCUCAUCACCGCCGCCUUCUCGCACGUCAGCGUGGUGCACCUGGUGUUCAACAUGAGCGCGCUGUGGAGCCUCGGCGCCGUGGAGCAGGCCGCCGGGCUGGGCGUCCAGUACUACCUCCACUACACCCUCGUGCUGGUGGUGCUGUCCGGGCUGCUCGUGCUGGGGAUCUACCACGUGAUGAUCCGGAGGUUCAAGGUGGACUACUUCCGGAGGGUGACCGCCGUGGGCUACUCGUGCGUCGUCUUCGGGUGGAUGACCAUCCUGGCCGCCAAGCAGCCGUCGUCCAAGCUCAACCUCUUCGGGGUCCUCUCGCUGCCCAUCAGCUUCGCGCCCUUCGAGUCGCUCAUAUUCACAUCCAUCAUGGUUCCCCAGGCCAGCUUCAUCGGCCACCUGUCGGGGAUCAUCGUUGGCUACUCCAUUGCCUGGGGUUUGAUUCAUGGGAUGAAUAACUACUGGGCGAUCACAAUGCUCGGGUGGAUCGUGCUGGUCUUCGUCUUGAGCUUGAAGCGCACGGGGUCUUUGGAGAUGAGGUUUAUCGAGAUUGAGCCAGUUACGGAUCCCUCGCUGCUGUCUGUUGGUUUGGUCGCCUCCAGAAAUGGCAGGGCUCUGCAAAUGGAUAUGCUGCCCGGAAGAGGAGUUGCGGAUUUUGUAUGACCUUCAGUCAGUGUGGAAGAGCUGCUCACUGAAAUGUUUGAUAGGUCUUGUUUCAGGUUGUAAAAUUGUAUCAUGUUGACACAACCCUAUACUUUCAGUUUUGAGAAUCUGGUGUUAUGGGUUUCUUUCGUCAUCUCAGAUGUGAAAGUUCUUUUAUCUCAACUUCCAGGUGCAUGUUCAUUUCGAACAGAAAGGAAGGAAUCCUUUUUGUGAAGUAGCAUGUAAAGGAAUUGAAAUCAUGUAGGAAAAGAACAACUGAAUUUGUGCUGUACAUAUCAGAUUAUUUCUAUCCUAAUGUGUAAAUUCAAGUUAUAACCCAAGAUAUUGUUUUUCAUACGGAUGAUAUAUGUAGCUUGGAUGAA